AUGCUAAUGACCACAAAGACAUGCUAAAAUGACCACAAAGACAUGCUAAAGACCACAAAGACAUGCUAAAAUGACCACGAAGACAUGCUAAAAUGACCACAAAGACAUGCUAAAGACCACAAAGACAUGCUAAAGACUACAAAGACAUGCUAGAAUGUCCACAAAGACAUGCUAAAGACAAUAAAGACAUGCUAAAAUGUCCACAAAGACAUGCUAAAGACCACAAAGACAUGCUAAAAUGACCACAAAGACAUGCAAAAAUUACCACAAAGACAAGCUAAAGACCACAAAGACAUGCUAAAAUGUCCACAACGACAUGCUAAAGACCACAAAGACUAAAAAGACAAAUGUGAGACAAAAUGGGUGGUGUUUUUUGACAAAGUAAGUUACUUUUAUUUCGACGGUCCUGGUGCGUCACCCUGUGUGUGUCCAGGUAUGUGAGGUGCUAGGAUGGAGGGGGCGGAGCACAGCCGCUACGUCGCUAAGCUGAAGGCGGAGUUCGACAGCUGCGACACAACGGCGACGGGCUUCCUGGACAGAGACGAACUGACGAAACUCUGUCACAAACUGCAGCUGGACGCUCACAGGACACUGCUGAUGGACACUCUGCUCAGAGGGCGGAGCUACGCCAGGGUGAACUUCCAGGAGUUUAAGGACGGCUUUGUCUCAGUCCUGUCUCGCUCUGUGGACGUCAACACGUCAGAGGACGACAGCAGUUACCUAGAGCCAGUUGUCCCUGAAGAGGUGAAGCCAAAGUUCGUGAAGGGAACGAAGCGUUACGGCCGGCGCUCUCGUCCCGACAGUGAACCUGACGUCGCGCUGACCUUUGACUCUGAGGACUCACCACCGUCCAGAACUGAGGCCACGGACUCAUCACCGCCUGGUGUCCGCAGAGCAAAAGUGAGGCGGUCCACAUCCCUGGAGAGCGUUGAGAGCCUGAAGUCUGAUGAAGAGACAGGAAAUCAAAAAAUCACUGAGUCUGACUUUCAGUGUAAAGCUUAUCAGCAGCAGCAGGAAGAGGAGGAGCCUGUCAGAGGCAGAGGGGGCGGGGACCAUGUCUUGACAGCAGUUUGUGAUCACCUGGGCCUCCAAGAGUUCAACACUGAGGACCUGGACUCUCUGCUCCAAAAGAUGGACGCCGACCGAGUUAGUGUCAGGGACUUCCAGAAAAUCCUUUGUGGCUCCACCCCCGUGUCCUGCUCCACCCCUGUACGACCCGCUGACCUGCAGAAGGCGCCGCACAGGGCUCAGGUGUUGGAGGACAGCUCGGCUCGCUCCACGUCUCCGUCCCUGCUGACGGCCUCUGUGGGACAGAAAGUCCUCAGUCGUCUGGGCGACGGCUCGGGGUGGACGAGUCCCGAGAGGGUCAUCGCCGUGUGGACUGAGGAGGGAAUCAGAAACAGCCGGGACAUCCUACAGACUCUGGACUUCCCCCUGGACGAGCGUCUCAAUCUCACUGACCUCACGCUCGCUCUGGACAAUGAGCUGCUGGUCAGUGGCAACGGCAUCCACCAGGCGGCGCUCAUCUCCUAUAAGAAUGAGAUCCAGCACCUACAAGUGUGUGUGGAGCAGUCGUGCAGAGAACGAGACAAAGUGCGAGCAGAUCUGGAUCAGGCCGAUCAGAGAAACCUGAAGUUGGUCAGAGAAGUGGACGAUCGUCACGCCAGCAUGGAGACGCUGAACCAGAGCAGGAUCAGGGAGCUGGAGCAGGACUUCCGUGGUCGUGUGACGUGUCUCCGCAGUCAGUGUGAGCAGGAGAACGAGGCUCUGCUGCAGCAGCUGGAGCGAGAGCGCGGCAUUCUGCAGGAGGAGCUGAGGCUGCAGAGAGCGCAGGAGGCGGAGCUACAGGAGGAGCUCUGUAGCGCCACACAGGAGAACAGUCGUCUGGAGGAGGAGUUGUGUGUCUUGAUGUUGAAACUGACUGAAGCUGAAAACACUGUGAACAAACUACAGCGAGACCUGGACCAAGUUCUGCACGACAAAUUUGGCGGUCUGGACGCGGCAGGCACACCGGCGAGUCACGAGGAGCAUUUCUGUGAGAUCGUCAAAGACUACGAGCUGCAGUGCCGGGAGCUGCGGGACAGAAAUGAUGAGCUGAGCUCAGAGCUGGAGCUGCUGAAGAGUCAGAGGAGCGACAGGAAGUCCAGGAGAUCAGCAGCAGACUCCGCCUCUGUGGCCGACGACCUGAGCUGGACUGAACAACAGGCUGUUGAUGACGAGUCUGACUGUGACGACUCGGACAUGAAACGUCUCUCGUCUCCUCUGGUCAAGAAGAAACUGCAGCCGGUCGAUCAGAAAGGUCUGUCCUCAUUGGACGACGUCUCUGGUCCUGGGGUCAGUAUCCAGACUGAACUGGCUCUAGAGCAACUGAAGCAGAAACAUGAGCAGGAGCUGCAGCAGCUACACAUCCAACUGGACACACAGGUGAACUUCUAUGAGAGAAGUCUGGAGCUGAUGAGACAGAGCAUGGAGGUGGAGCGUAAAGACAUCUCUCAGGUCUUCAAGCUGGAGAUCAGUGAGCUGGAGGAGAACAAGGCUCAUGUGGAGCAGCAGGUGCAGCAGCUGAAGGACGAGCUGGACCGAGUUCAGAAGCAGCUCCACCAUGGAGGAGGAGGAGGGUGGAGCCACGAGCAGGAGCGCAGGAUGCAGCGGGAGAGGGCGGAGCUGGAGCAGAACUUUGCCCGGGAAAUCGGAAACCUGGUCCAGCGGCUGAGUGCGGAGAAAGAUCAGCUUGAGGCGGAGCUAAAGCUGAAGAUGGACCAGGAAGUGAUGGUGGUCAGGGAGGAGUCUGAGCAGCAGCUCGCUCGGAUGAAGCGUCAUCACGCCGAGGGUCAGCGUCACCUCCUUCACCAGCUCCAUCAGGAGCGUCAGUGUCUGCAGGAGCAAAGAGGAUUCUGGGAGUCACGACUCGUCCAAUCAGAGCAGGAGAAACUGCGACACGAGAAAAGACGCAACGAAGAGCAGGACCACCUCCUUGGUCAGUUCUCCUCAGAGAAGACGAGGCUGGAGGAGCAGGUGCACAGCUUACAGGACGCCGUACAGAGCUCCGCCCUCCAUAUCAGCCAAUCAGAGGCCAGUCUGGAGGAGUGCAGGGGGCGCUGUGGUCAGUUAGAGGACGAUGUCAGAGCCUCACGUGGGCGGUGCCUGGAGCUGGAGGCUCGGCUGGAGGAGGCGUGUUCUCAGCUGGAGGAGAGCAUCGCCUUCCUGGAGUCUCACGAGAGUUUAAGUCGACGCCUGGAGGCAGAGAAGAGCGAGUUGGAGGCGGAGCUUCAGCUGGUGAAGGCCAGAGAGGGGGGGCUUGUGAGUCAGGUGAUGCAGCUGAAGGAGGAGCUUGGGAACGUCCAGGCCACGUCCGACAGCCUCCUGCAGGACCGGGCGCUGGUGGCCGACAACUGCAGCCGCCUCUCCGACGCCUUCGUCCAGCAGCAGGCUCUGCUCCAAGCCCGCGACCACGCCGUUGGCGCCAUGAGGGCGGAGCUAGAGGAACUGCACCACGCCUCAAAGAGCAAAGCGGCCGAGCUGGACUCACUGAAGACAGACCGCGCCAGGCUGAUCCAGGAUCUGAAGGAGCAGGCGAUGGCGGUGGACAAGCUGCAGCUGCAGCUGGACAGCGUUUCAGAGGAGCUGGACAGGAGGAGUGUCAAGGAGAGCCUGCAGGGGGUGCUGCAGCAGGAGCGGAGCAGGACGUCGCAACUCUGCCGCAGCGUGGAGGAGCAGGAGGAGGAGCUGUGUCGUCUGCGGCAGGAGAACGUGAGCUACGCCCGGCUCGCCGACCAGCUGUCCACGCAGAUCGUAGAGAUGGAGACAGAGAUCACGACGCUGCGAGAACAUCUGCGAGACGUGAGCGCGCAGCUCAACGACACCGCCGACCUCGUCCCGCAGCUCCGCACGCAGAUCAACGCCAACACCCGAGAGACGGAGCAGCUCCACACCGACAAGGAGGCGGAGGCGGAGCGGCUGCGGCGGGCGCUGCGAGACGCUCAGGACCAGCAGAGGGCGACGGAGGACAAGUUUGAAGAGGAGAAAAAGAAGAUGAGGCAGCAGCUGAUGGAGCUGGAGACACUGGUCCUGGCCCUGGAGGAAGCCCCGCCCCCACAGAGUCCACGCAGGAUGCAGCUGGAGGAAGUUCGCGUGGAGAACAGCGCCCUCCAGGAGCGACUGAAGGUCCUGCAGCAGGAGGUCCAGAACCUGGAGGACGACGUCGACAAGAAGAGGAGGAAAGUGGACGAGCUGCAGAGAGAACGCGAGCGCGGCCGAGAGGAGGAGGAGCGACUGCACAGGGAGAACUCCAGGUACAGAGAGGAAGUUCUGGAUCUGAGCGGCAGGAACCUGCAGCUGAGCAGCGACAACGCCGAGCUGAGCGCCCGUCUCCAUGGAGACCAGGAGUCGCUGCGGCUGCUGGGGGAGCGUUUGGCAACUGUCUGCAAGGAGCAGGGGGAGGAAGGAGCCGAGGUGCGGCGGCUGCAGGCAGCGGUGACUCAGCAGGAGAGAGAGAAGCAACAGGUGCAGGGGGCGUGGACACAGGAGCGCCACCUGCUGGAGGCGGAGCUGAGCUCCUGCUGGGAGAAGCUGAAGCGUGUUCCUGAGCUGGAGGCGGAGCUUAGCGGCGCCGCUCUGAAGCUGCAGUGGUUGAACGAGGACAAGGUCAAAGUGCAGCGAGAGGCUGACGAUCGCAACCACCAGGUGGAGGCGCUGCAGCGCUCCGUUCUCGCACUGGAGUCAGAGAACGAGCUGAUUCGCUCUCAGCUCCACGCUGCCACGCGAGACAAACUCGGCCACGCCCAGGAAGUGACUGAGCUGCAGAGGAAGCUGGAGGAAACUCGCAACAAGGUGGAGGAGCUGGAGGGGAGCGUGCGGACGCUGCUGCAGGAGAAGGAGGAGCUGUGUCGGGUCAUGGCGGUGCAGGAGGAGCGAGUGUCCGUCACGCUGCAGGAGGAGACGCACAGACUGAGCGUCCAGAACCAGGAGCUCCAUCACAAGCUGUCGGAGCUGCAGGUCAAAGGUCAGGACGUGCAGAAACUGACUCAGGAGCAGAAGAGUCUGAAGAUGCAGCUGAGUGAGCUGGAGGCGGCGAGGACGCAGGCGGCGGACCAGGCGGCGCGGGCCGACGCCACCCUCAGUCUGGUGCAGGCACAGCACGCUCGUCAGCUGCAGGAGCUGCAGGAGCUGCAGGGGCGGGUCUACAGCAGAGGAGGAGGCAGCCACGAGCAGGAGCAGCUGGAGGCGCGGCUACUGGAGGAGCAGAGGCGGAGUCAGCAGCUGGAGGAGACACUGAAGUGUCAGAGUCAACAAAUCACCAUCAAGCAGGACCUCACACACUUUUAUCUGCGAGUGGCUCGGUUGACGGCGUGUUGUGUUCAGGAUCAGUACGAGAAGGCGCUGGCGUCGCUGCAGCAGAGGACGGACGGCGUGGAGCGGAAACUGAAGGCCGUGCAGACGGUUCUACAGGAGAAAGUCCAGCAGCUCAAAGAACAGCUGGCGAAGAACACCAAGGUGAGCGCUGUGAUGCAGGAUGUGUACGUGGAGAACAGUCAGCUGAUGAAGGCGCUGCAGGUCACAGAGCAGCGGCAGAAACACGCAGAGAAGAAGAACUUCCUGUUGGAGGAGAAAGUCGGCGCCCUCAACAGGCUGCUCAGAGACAUCGUCGCCGUGGCGCUCGCCACGUAGCUGCUCCACGCACGACAUCCAGGGGGCACCGUUUGACACCUGUAACGCCGUCUGUUCAUCAUGUGACUGUAAGCUCCGCCUCCUGAAGCUGCUUCAGUGAGACUGUGGAGUGAAUUUCAGCCAAUGACAAAUCAUGUGACUUAGUUUUAUAAAGUUUUAAUGUUUGCAUCAGUGUCAAAGUGUGACAGGGGUCAGAGGUCGCGCUGCUCUAAUCACAUGAUCUGUUUCUGCCUGCUCACACCAAAGAUGUGAUGUCAUCGUCAGUAUUUCUUUUUUUUCUGUCAGGUACUUCCUGUUUUUGAUCAUGUGACCAGAAAUAAAAUGUUUUAUCUAAAUGUC